AACACUGCGAUCGACAAUCCGGGCCACGAUUGUCGCCAAUCACUCGCUGACAGUAUAUUAGAGUUCAUCGAUUCGGACACUCUUUGCUUCCGAGUCACUGAACCCAAAGAGUUGUCUGAUUUGCAGCAAACCCUUUGGGACCCAAUGGUGGGAUGGUUUGAGCACCGGUUCCACUGCAUUAUACCCGUCACCCAAACGGUUCAUUUGGAUGCCAUGUCUUCCGACCUCAAGAGUGGGCUUCUUAGGCACCUGUGUUCCCACAAUCGGUGGUCACUAUUAGGCCUGAAGUUCGCCACAGAGAACCUCAAGUCAGUGAUCCUGUCGUUGGCGUUGACUGAGCGGCGCCUGUCUGUCGACGAGUGCGUCAACUAUUCGCGUCUGGAGGAGGAGUUCGCGAUCGCAAAGUGGGGUCGAAUCCCAUCCGCACACGAUCUCGAGUUACACGCCUUAAGGUCCAGAGUGUCGGCCGCUCUGCUCUUCUACAUCACUAACUGCGAGAACCGACAGCUCUCACAAAAGGGCGACUCCUUUGCCAAAACCUUAGAGUCUGUCCAAUAG